AUGGCGGACCAGAUGCAACUUGACGAGGCUACCGGGUACAGUGUACAGUGCACGGACUUUCGGAGAUUCCAGGGGUUUGAGAGAGCAGCAGCUGCAUUGCAGAUGGACAACGAGAUCUUCGAGCCGCUAAACCAGUUCGAUGACGAUCUCAAGGACCCCCUGGUGUUUUUGGGGUCGUCAAGUUGCGGAGCAGGCAGGUUUGCAGGUUGUAGCAGUAUAGGGGUCAACCUUUGCGUUCGUCAUCUCUCUAAACGCCACAAGUGCAGCAAGGCCCAGAAUAAGGUUACAGCCUCAUCCAAAAUCUGA